AUGAAUCUCCUCCGCCGUCUUCCCCCCUUCUUCUCUCUGCCUCUCCUCCUCCUCCUCCUCCUCCGCCGCGCGGCAGCCCAACCGAGCACGACCCAGGAGUACGCCCCCACGGCGCCGGAAUCCCUGAACAACUUCCAGCCAAGCUUGGCGGUGGUAAUUGGGAUUUUAAGCAUAAUGUUCUCCGUCACAUUCAUCCUCCUAGUCUACGCCAAGUUCUGCCACCGCGGCUCCUCUGCCGCCGCUCAGGCGGCAGAGCUGCUCCGCCAACAGGGCUUGGCCCGCUCUGCCUCAAGAUUCUCGGGAAUUGACAAGACUGUAAUCGAAUCACUCCCCUUCUUCCGAUUCUCCUCCCUCCGCGGCGACAGGGACGGCCUCGAGUGCGCCGUCUGCAUCUCCAAGUUCGAGGACGUCGAGAUCCUCCGGCUGCUGCCGCAGUGCAAGCACGCCUUCCACAUCAAUUGCAUCGACCAGUGGCUGGAGAAGCACUCAAGCUGCCCGAUCUGCCGGGCCAAGGUCAACGCCGAGGACCCAACAGUCUUCGCCUACUCCAACAGCAUGCGGAUGAUGUGGAGCCAAUCCACCGACGAGGAGACGGCGGCGGUGGUGGAAGCAGAUCGGGGGAUUUCUGCGGCGGAGGACGAAUUGGGGCUUUUCGUACAGAGAGAGGAGAGCGGGAGACGGUCUUCGUCGAGAUUCAGCAUCGGUGGGAGUUUUCGGAAGGCGGGGAAUAAAAGCGGCCGGAGAGAAGACCAAACUCCGAUUCUGGAGGAAACAGGGGACGAUGAAGAAAACAGGGGAAGGGGGAAAAUUGGGUACCAUAAGUUCAAUCACAGGAUUGUGGUCUCCGAUUUGGCAUUCAAGAAUCGAUGGAGCAGUGUCAGCUCUUCGGAUUUGAUGUUUCUGAGGUCCGAGAUGCUUAACGACGCUGCCGGCGAGAGAUUCUUCUCUCUGGAUCAACAACUCUACAGCCAAUCUGGCGGCGGACAGCACAAAUUGGCCGGCGCCCCGCCGGCGCCAUCGAGUAACGGCAAUAACUACUUGUCGGCGGAUGCUAAUGCUGUCAACUACUCGAGGGAGAUUGUGAAUUCGUCGGCGGAUAGGCGGGCGGUGUCGGAGCUGACGGGGGUUUCGAGAUUCAGGAGCUUGGGUGUGGAUUCCGUUGAGGGGAUGGCGGCGGCGGCGGAUGAGGAGAGGCAGAGGCAGGCGUGGAUUCCGAUAGUGCGAAGGACGGCGGAGUGGUUUGCCAACAGGGAGAAGCGGAAGACGGCGGCUGAGACGGUAGAUGUAUAG